CCCUCUCUGCAAACGACCCCGACCCGCGCAAGUUUGGUUCCGAGGGGCAUUAAUACAAGUUUCAACGUAGGUGGGGAGGCUGAACACCUUUUUCCAAGUAUCUGAUUUGGGAUCGAGUUUCCUACCUGUGUCCUGAGUCUAUAGGGAUUUCCUGAUCUCUAAUUCGCCGUUUUCACCACUCCUAGGAAAAUGUGUAUUGACCUAACUAAGAUUGAAUGCCACCCGGUCCAGGGAGCCUCCUCUGACAGCAGGAAGCUGGGAAUCUCAUUGUAAAGGUCUCCCGGGCCUCGGAGGAGUCGUUGCCUCCGUCUCUCAGCCUACCCCGAUACUGUCUCUCUUUGAUUUUGGAUCCAGGGUCACUGCUUCUACAGUCUUUUUGAGAGGUUCCUGGUUUGACUCACAAUAAAUUGAUCCACUCUCCCAUGAUGAAUCGUGUGUGUCCGGUACGUGUUUUGUUUUGUAGCUGCCCUUCAGUCAGUUCUUUCCACGGGGGGAUGGAGUGCUUUAAGAUGAGCGUGACCCUGUGAAACCAGAAACUGUCACUGAGUAGCGGGAUGUCCAGGGACCAGGAUCCCUCCUCAGUUCUGCCUUUCUCAGGUCCUCCUGCUCCUCCCAGGCCUCCCCUGCAGGGAGAGGGGGAAGAGCUAUGCAAAUGAGCAUCCGUUUCUUAUAUAGGGGCUUGUCCUACGCCCCAGCGCCUUUGGUUGCUGGAAAGAAGAACAGGAUGGAUCUGGUGCUGAGAAAAUGCCUUAUCCAUGUGGCUGUGAUGGGUGCUCUUCUGGCUGUGGGGGCUACAGAAGGACCUAGAGACCGGGACUGGCUUGGUGUCUCAAGGCAGCUCAGAACUAAAGCAUGGAACAGGCAGCUAUAUCCAGAGUGGACAGAAAGCCAGGGGCCUGACUGCUGGAGAGGUGGCCAGGUAUCUCUGAAGGUCAGCAAUGAUGGGCCUACACUGCUUGGGGCAAAUGCCUCCUUCUCUAUUGCCCUGCACUUCCCUGAAAGCCAAAAGGUGCUGUCAGAUGGGCAGGUCAUCUGGGCCAACAACACCAUCAUUAACGGGAGCCAGGUGUGGGGAGGACAGCCAGUGUAUCCCCAAGAACCUGAUGAUACCUGCAUCUUCCCUGAUGGGGGGACCUGCCCAUCUGGCCCUUCACCUCAGAGAAGAAGCUUUGUUUAUGUCUGGAAGACCUGGGGCCAAUACUGGCAAGUUCUGGGGGGCCCAGUGUCUGGACUGAGCAUUGGGACAGGCAAGGCAGUGCUGGGCACACACAUCAUGGAAGUAACUGUCUACCACCGCCGGGGGUCCCAGAGCUACGUAUCCCUCGCUCACUCCCGCACAGCCUUCACCAUUACUGACCAGGUGCCCUUCUCUGUGAGCGUGUCUCAGCUGCAGGCCUUGGAUGGAGCGAACAAGCGCUUCCUGAGAAAGCAACCUCUGACAUUUGCCCUCCGGCUGCAUGACCCCAGUGGCUAUUUGGCUGGGGCUGACCUCUCCUACACCUGGGACUUUGGAGACAGUACUGGGACCCUGAUCUCUCGGGCACUUGUGGUCACUCACACCUACCUAGAGUCUGGCCCAGUCACUGCACAGGUGGUGCUACAGGCUGCCAUUCCUCUCACCUCCUGUGGCUCCUCCCCAGUUCCAGGCACCACAGCUGGGCAUGUGCCAACUGCCGAGGCCCCUGGCACCACAGCUGGCCAAGUGCCUACUGCAGAAGUCGUAGGCACUACACCUGCUCAGGUGCCAACUGCAGAGCCCUCUGGAACCACAGCUGUGCAAGUGCCAACUGUAGAGGGCACAGGUACCACAGCUGGCCAAGUGCCUACUGCGGAAGUCGUGGGCACUACACCUGCUCAGGUGCCAACUGCAGAGCCCUCUGGAACCACAGCUGUGCAAGUGCCAACUGCCGAGGCCCCUGGCACCACAGCUGGCCAAGUGCCUACUGCGGAAGUCGUGGGCACUACACCUGCUCAGGUGCCAACUGCAGAGCCCUCUGGAACCACAGCUGUGCAAGUGCCAACUGCAGAGGGCACAGGUACCACACCCGAGCAGGUACUAACCUCAGAAGCCACAAGUACCACACCUGCAGAGAUGCCAACUGCAGAGGCCAUAGGUACGACACCUGAAGUGUCAACUGCAGAACCCUCUGGAACCACAGUUGCACAGGUAACAACUACAGAGCUGGUGGAGACCACAGCUGGAGAGGUACCCACCCCUGAGCCUGACAGUCCAGAUGCCAGCCCAUUCUUGUCUACAGAAGGUAUUACAGGCUCCCAGAGCCCCCUGCUGGAUGACACAGCCACCUUAAUCCUGGUGAAGCGACAAGUCCCCCUGGAUUGUGUUCUGUAUCGAUAUGGCUCCUUUUCCCUCACCCUGGACAUCGUCCAGGGUAUUGAGAGUGCUGAGAUCCUGCAGGCUGUGCCAUCCAGUGAAGGAGAUGCAUUUGAGCUGACUGUGUCUUGCCAAGGCGGGCUACCCAAGGAGGCCUGCAUGGACAUCUCAUCGCCAGGGUGCCAGCCCCCUGCCCAGCGGCUGUGUCAGCCUGUGCCACCCAGCCCAGCCUGCCAGCUGGUUCUGCACCAGGUACUGAAGGGUGGCUCAGGGACCUACUGCCUCAAUGUGUCUUUGGCUGAUGCUAAUAGCCUGGCAAUGGUCAGCACCCAGCUUGUCAUGCCUGGUCAAGAAGCAGGCUUUGGGCAGGCUCCCCUGUUCUUGGGCAUCUUGCUGGUAUUGAUGGCUUUGCUGCUCGCAUCUCUGAUAUAUAGUAUCAGGAGAAGACGUAUGAAGCAGGGCUCAGCUCUCCCCCUUCCCCAGCUGCCACCCGGCAGAACCCAGUGGCUACGUCUGCCCUGGGUCUUCCGCUCUUGCCCCAUUGGUGAGAGCAGCCCCCUCCUCAGUGGGCAGCAGGUCUGAGUACUCUCAUGUGAUGUCAUGAUUUACCCAGCGUGGACAGCAAUGCCUAUCUUUUCUCCAGUCUUCCCUUGGAAACUACCAUUGCCUGAAAUAAAGACUCAGAACCUGGUGCUGUUAUUUCCUUACUUCUGGGAGAAUCUAUGUCAUUAAAGGA